AUGAUCGCAGGCAGUGGAACAUUUCGACUGAUAAUAUAUCCACUCUUGACGAUAUGGAUUCAAAUCCUGCAAAUAUCAACCGCUUCGCUGGAUUAUCCGAAUGAAGUGAUCGGGAAACCGCUGGUGGAGUGUGAAUUCGAUCGUAUGGUAGUCAAAAGCAAUCAGAACGACAUGAUUUACAAUGCUUGCAUAACGGUACAACUCCAUCCACUCUUCGUAACUGCGAAUGAUCGUUCGUAUUGUGUACAGUGUGUAUUCACAAAUUCUGAAUCUAUCGAAAACGUCGACGAAACACUCGCAAUAAGUCAAGCAACACCAGCUCAUUUGACACCUCACCUGGACUCACAUCUUGCCAAAAAGCCAAAAUGUAGUUACGCAAUUAGACGUGAUUCAUUGGACGGACCUAAAGUCCAUUACGCAACAGUUGGCCAGACAGUUUUUCAUGUGUGGGAAUGUGACGGAACUGAUGGCGUACGCAUGCGCGUACAGAACUGUUAUGUUGAAGAUGGUCAAGAGAAUCGCAUUCUGAUAAUCGACGAAAAUGGGUAUUUAUCUUUACCAAUUUUCUUAUGUGGUAUAGAUCAGUACAUCUUGCCAACGCCACAGUAUUCACGCGAUCUUCGAAUUGCCUCACAGGUGAGUUUUUAUAAUUUUAUAACUGUAUAA